AUGACUGGUGGUCGGCAGCGGUGGACUCUAGCGCCUAUGCCGGUCGAGUGGGAUGUUGGGUAUGUGUUGAGGGGCGCUUGCUGGAUGGAGAGACCGAGGAGAAAGGCGGCGAGAGAGAGGGAGAAAGAGCGCGGCAUGGAGGGGGAAACCGACGGUACCCCCGUGCGUUGUUGGCAGUGCCCGGUUUCGAAGCUCGUCGUCGUCGUCAUUGUUACCUUCGCUCUCGUCCGCGGUGUUUGUCGUGUGACGGACGGACGUCGGCGACGUCACGUUGAAAAAACGGAGAGCCCGGCUCGUCGGGUUUGGUGCGCGAAGUUAUUCGUCGUUGUGGUUCAUGGUGCGAGCGAGGUGCUCGGUGAGGGGAACUCGGUGAAAAUGGUGCAUCGAACGCAGCGGCAACAUCAAUCCGCGGCAGUGCACCAGCAGACGCAGUCGACGCAGGCGGCAGCCGCCGGUACGACGACUGCCACGAGGAAAUCGGUCGGAGUGAUGGGCAGCAGACGAAUAUUCGCGCCGACAUUUAAGUUGAAAGUUCUCGAUUCGUAUCGCAACGACAUCGACUGUCGCGGCAAUCAGCGGGCCACCGCGAGAAAGUACGGGAUUCAUCGACGUCAGAUACAAAAGUGGUUACAGUGCGAGGAGACCCUGCGUAACAAUUGCGGCGACACUAGCAACAGCAACAGCAACAACAACAACACCACUGCCGUCGUUGCAACGGCCACGGUGAUCUCGUCGACGGGUGUUUCCAAGCCGGACGGUACCGUGACGGAAGCCACGGGGCCUGCCGUGACUCCAGCCGCGCCGGCCUUGAACCUCAGCCUGGCCAGACUGCACGGCGACGAGCUGGCUACACAGCAAGGGCCCCCACCUCUUCUUCCUCAUCCUCCUCACGGUGGUGCACCCUCGUCGCCCCAAUACGUGGCUCAAUGCGCCACGACUCCUGCGAUGCCUGUCCGCUAUCCGGAGUAUACCAUCAAUCAAGAGCAACGUCAUCUUCGUCGCGAGACGGACGNAUACGGCCGGCCGGAACGCCGAGAAGGUACCCCCGUGCGUUGUUGGCAGUGCCCGGUUUCGAAGCUCGUCGUCGUCGUCAUUGUUACCUUCGCUCUCGUCCGCGGUGUUUGUCGUGUGACGGACGGACGUCGGCGACGUCACGUUGAAAAAACGGAGAGCCCGGCUCGUCGGGUUUGGUGCGCGAAGUUAUUCGUCGUUGUGGUUCAUGGUGCGAGCGAGGUGCUCGGUGAGGGGAACUCGGUGAAAAUGGUGCAUCGAACGCAGCGGCAACAUCAAUCCGCGGCAGUGCACCAGCAGACGCAGUCGACGCAGGCGGCAGCCGCCGGUACGACGACUGCCACGAGGAAAUCGGUCGGAGUGAUGGGCAGCAGACGAAUAUUCGCGCCGACAUUUAAGUUGAAAGUUCUCGAUUCGUAUCGCAACGACAUCGACUGUCGCGGCAAUCAGCGGGCCACCGCGAGAAAGUACGGGAUUCAUCGACGUCAGAUACAAAAGUGGUUACAGUGCGAGGAGACCCUGCGUAACAAUUGCGGCGACACUAGCAACAGCAACAGCAACAACAACAACACCACUGCCGUCGUUGCAACGGCCACGGUGAUCUCGUCGACGGGUGUUUCCAAGCCGGACGGUACCGUGACGGAAGCCACGGGGCCUGCCGUGACUCCAGCCGCGCCGGCCUUGAACCUCAGCCUGGCCAGACUGCACGGCGACGAGCUGGCUACACAGCAAGGGCCCCCACCUCUUCUUCCUCAUCCUCCUCACGGUGGUGCACCCUCGUCGCCCCAAUACGUGGCUCAAUGCGCCACGACUCCUGCGAUGCCUGUCCGCUAUCCGGAGUAUACCAUCAAUCAAGAGCAACGUCAUCUUCGUCGCGAGACGGACGAUCGCGUCCAGGAAUCCGUCCACGACUACAGGGACACCGAACAACAACAGUCUAGGUACUACAUCACGAAUACGGAUGGAAAUCAUCGGGAGAUCGAGAGUUCGUCGUACGAUGGUCGCGGCGAGAUUAAAGUCUACCAAAACCUGACGAGCUAUCAUCGGGUGUUACAGCGUACAGAACAUCGUUACGUCGAGGCCGAGCUGAACCAUCAGCAUCAUCAGCAUCAUCAUCGUUCACCGAGCCACAAUCGGUCCCAGCAGAGCCACGGGGACGUGGACUCCCCCGUAGACGGGAAACCAUCGUACGGUUUGCUACUAGCGCCGUCGAUGAUAAAGACGGAGCGAGCGAGCCCAGACUCGGCGGCGACGCCAGGGCCGUGCGAGUCGACGUUCUCGCCCUGUGCCCCUCGGGGCCCGCUCUCGCCCGUUUCGCGUUCACCCACCAGCAACAGCAGCAGCAGCUCCGCGUCGUACGCUUACAUCGACUCCCCGCGAGCGCCCGCUAGCCCGUGCCUGCACGUGCACAUUCACGCACACGCGUCCCCUUUGUCGGAUUCCGAGAAGCCGAUCCGGGACUCGACGAAGUCCCAUAUCGGAGAGAAGGGGCCGGAGGACACGGCGGAGGAGAUCGGCGGGGCGAUCGUCAAGGAGGAAUUGAUGAUCGAGGAAGAGCAGGAGGCCAGCGAGGACGGAAGGGAGGCUGCCGUCUCUUACGUUGAUUAUCAAAGGCCACCACCUGUCGGCUCGCGUCCGGUGAGCCCGAUGCCCGAACGGGAAGGGUAUUCUUUGCCCUCGAGCCCGCGCAGACCCGCCAGUUCCGGCCGGUCCAGUAGCAGUUACUCCGACAGCGAAAUGGACCCUCUGGACUGCUCUUCCGGCAGCCAGAACUCGUCGAACGAUCUCGUACGGCGACGCUCGUUCUCCCUACGAUUCAAGCUGGACGUUCUGGACGCGUUUCAUCGGGACGUCAGCGUCGCCGGGAACCAACGAGCGACCGCCAGGAAAUUCGGCAUCAACCGCCGCCAGGUGCAGAAAUGGCUCGGCCAAGAGGACGAUCUUAGGGGCGAGAUCACGGUCCGCGGAAACUCGCGGCAACGACUGGGCCCCGUCCAGGAUGUCGCUUCCGGUGAGUCACCGGUCGAUCUCCGGACGUCAACCUAUGCGUCCGGCUUAUCGCAAGAUCGGAUCGCAGUGGAAUACGAGACAUCGCCGCCGCCGCCGCCGCUGCUUUACUGCUGCGACCUGGGCUCCUCCUCCUCGCAGCAUCUUCCAUACUACCAGCGCUCGGUCCUAGCGGACCCGGCCUCGGAGGGCGAGCAGACGGCUUCUUGCACCUUCUCUUGCUGUCUGGAGAGCAACCACGCGGCGGCAUCGGUCACCUCGUACUACCAGGAAGUGUCCUUAAGAGGAUCUUGCUACUCGGACCCGGCCAUCGGCCGGUACUGUUAUUCUCCUAUCGAGUACCCGACCGAGAUCAGGUGCGUUUCCGAGUUCGCCGAGGAGGCGGCGACCACCUCGUCCCGGAAGAGACACCACUGCGACCAGCCUUGCUGCUACGAGGAGCCCCGAUCGCCGAAAAAGAUCUACCUCGAGCUGGAAGAGCCGGCCAGGACCGGCUCGGCCUGCCAGGAAUCGCCGGCCCGAAAGACGCCGCCGCAACAGGCGCCGCUACAACAGGCGCCGCCGCGAGAGGCGCCGCCCCAGGAGACGCCACUUUGUCUCGUCAAGCCGAAGAGAUCCCCCGUCUCUUCGCCAUCCAGAACGGAGCCGGUCACCAGCACCGUGCCUACACCGCCCAUGACCAGCACCGUUCCAACACCGCCGAUGACCAGCACCACCGUUCCAACACCGCCGGCGACCAGCAGCGUGUCCACGCUGCCGGUGACCAUCAACCUGCUGCCCACGCUGCCGGUGACCAGCGCCAUAGCCGCACAACCAGUGACCAACACUAUACCCACACAGGCGGUCACCAACGCCGGGCCCACGCCGCCGGCAGCCGCCGCGCCUCCGCCUGCCGCUGCGGGACCAACGACCCAGGACGCCAUCCUCUUCAAGCCGUACCUCGACAAUCCCGUCAGCAAGCCCCCGAAGGAGCACACCGUUCAGAGGGACCUCUCGCCGGUCAGCAACCAGAACGUGAACAACAACAAUAACAACAACAACAACAACAACUGCCAAAGUAUCUGCAAUUUUAACGAGGCCCGAGGUCACGACUACGCCCUAGAGUUCAGUCUCCGACUACCGAUCUCCUGGAGAGCGCAUCCGAGCUCUUAUACCGAGUUCCCGCAGGUCAGGAGCGCGUUCGUUAGGUAUCCAUCGAGCCCUCAUUACACGUAAUUCGAAGACUAUAGCGAGACCCGACUUGGCGGAGUAAGAGCAACGAUUCUUUUUCACCCCACUUUCCGUUCAUUCGAGGAAGAUGCUCGUCCAAUAAGUGCCGAUCGCGAACGUUCGACGCUACGAUUUUGUAAAAUAUUUUCUAGGACGUGUUAAAUUCGAUCGGUCGCGAGACAGAAUCGUAAAAAUAGAAAUAACCAUCUUUUUCGAUUUUUCUUCAGCUUACUCGUGUUCAUCGAGUUUACCGAGUCGCUUCACGGGUCGUUCCUUCCGGCGAAACUCCGAUUUUGUAAAAUAUUUUCCAGGACGUUAAAUUCGAUCGGUCGCGAGACGGAAUCGCUUUCGUAAAAAUAGAAAUAGCCGUCUUUUUCGAUUUUUCUUCAGCUUACUCCUGUUCAUCGAGUUUGCCGGUCGUUCCUACCGGCGAAAGGGCGCGGAAAAGGAUUCACAGCGGAAGGAUCGACCGGUACGUGAUCUACGACACGUCGCGGCCGCGUCGUUCGACGCGCACACCACGUGAGCGUUUAUCGUUUCCACGGAUCGUCGGCGCGGCGUUACACAUCGCGAUAAAGUCUUAAUCGGCCAUUGGACGAUCGGAGGCGUGGUAGGAGAUUAUACAUGGUCGCGUUCUCCGUUCGCAUCUUUCUCUGGCGCGCCGGUAACGUAACGUCACCGCGUCGUCGCUCUCUCGCCGAACACACUCGCGCGUCCCGACGAAAAUCCGUGCGCGUAUUAUAUCUCUCCGCGGCGGCGGCGGCGGGACUUUUUUUUCGCGCGCGGCUCGCUUUAUCAUCGAGAUUACCGUUCGCGGCGGCUAUCGGCUAGGCCGUUUAGAGGUCGCGCGGAUUCGCUAUAAUUACAGAAUUAUGUCAGUCGCGUUGCCGAGAGAUAUCGAUCGCGGGGGGAGAAAAAAAGAAAAAGAGCUCUCCCUCGCGAAUCGAGUUUCUCGCGAUGCGUCACGUUACGCAACCCGUUCGACACGUACGCGUCGCGAUUUUCCACCCGAUCGAAGUAAAACGCGUCGGAAAAUUCGAAACGUAUUCGGAAAAUUCGUACGCGACUCUCCCGCCGGUUCUUUUUACUCCGCCUUGGUCGGCGAUCGAUCCUAGAUAUCGUUUAAUUGCUCAAACAAUUUCUUCCAUGCGCGGCAGCGCGGCCGUUGCACGCGCGAUGCGCAAGUAUUACGACAGGGUUCCGGUCUCCGUUUUUCUUUUCUCUCAUUAGACUCUCCCCGUCUUCUCUCGCGUUUCUUUAAGCGGCCGAGCCUCGGCUCGCGCGGCCUCUCCCACCUCGUUUCGUUUCGUUUCGUUUCUUUCCUUCUCGGCUGGAUCGAUAACCUGUAAAUAUGUAAAUAACCGCGACAAGCAAUCGAACGAUCCACCGGCUACUGGACACAAGAUCCGCGAGCCGAUCGGCUUCCGAGAGCGAGAAUUCUCUCUCUCUCGGAAGCCGAUCGACGUUUUCACGGGGCGUUUUCACGACGGUGUUCCGUGAGAACGGGGUUUGCUGGACGAAUCCGUAAUUUUUAAGACUUUCGACACCAAAUUCAUUCUGCUUAAUCGACUGACGCGAUUGUUCGACGCAGUCGGUAUUUGUUGCAACAGGAAACAAAUUUGAGUAACCUCUUUCGAUCCUUUCCGUAUGCAAGUAAGAUCAUUGCUCCGUGAUUCGUGAAACUAAUUCAAGCAAAAAGACAGAUAUAUUAGGGGGACCGGAAAGUUAUGUCGUUUGUUUACGUUAAAUUCAAACAGAUAAAUAUGCGCAGAAACGACAUUACUUUCUGGUCCCCUUAAUAUUUUGGAAUUUUAGAGAGAAACGCCGCCGUUUUGUAUCGCCGAAUUGAAUCCGAGACAGAGGUCGACUGUCGGCCAGCUGUUAUCUAAUUAUUUCUGCAACGUAAAUUCGUACGUUCUGUCCAGCCAGCCAGCAUUAUUCGAUUUAUAGCGAAUCGAUUCGAGUCCCUUGUCCGCAGCCGAAAUAGGAAGGAAAGAAAUGAACGUGCCACUCGGAAAGGAUCGUUUCCGCUAGAGAGGGAAUUGCUCGCCGUGCCUUCGGUUUCUGCCGGUCCACGAACAAACGCGCGGAAACUUAUACUCGUAGACUUACCUGUAAAUAAGCGGACACACAUAUAUUGUAUAUAAUAUAUAUGUAUAUAUAUAUAUAUUUUUUUGUUGUCAACGAAACAAAGUCAGUCCGCGAGAAAGGCUGAUCGUAGACUUACCUGUAAAUAAGCGGACACACAUAUAUUGUAUAUAAUAUAUAUGUAUAUAUAUAUAUAUUUUUUUGUUGUCAACGAAACAAAGUCAGUCCGCGAGAAAGGCUGAUCGUAGACUUACCUGUAAAUAAGCGGACACACAUAUAUUGUAUAUAAUAUAUAUGUAUAUAUAUAUAUAUUUUUGUCGUCAACGAAACAAAGUCGAUCCGCGAAAAAGGCUGAUCGUAGAUCAUUUUUCUCUACACGAGAACGCUUUGAGAAACAUGCGUGCCUUAUAGAACGGUCGAUAAAAAAAGGGUGGUUGUCGAGGAUCUUGAGCAGACCCUUCGACGAGCGCGACUCCGAAAAUUAGGUUAAAUAGUCCUUAAGUUAAUUAAUUUCUUGCUCAUACAAGGAAGGGUCACUUAGGUGUGCGUUUGCUUUGGUUAGGUUUAUUUGUAUUAUAUUUGGAUGUUUAUAUGUUUUAAAGAAGAGGGAUACGUAUUUUUCUACAUCGGUCAGAUCUUCUAUUUAGGGGGAGAAUAUAUAAUAAUAAGAUGGAUAUAUAAUGAAAGUUAAUUGAAGGAUUUUUAUCAGACUCGUUAUAAACUUAAUCUGUGGCUUUUCUGGACGUGUGAAUACUGUUUUCGUGGUUAGUUAUCCUCGACGAGGAGUAAACUACCCCUAAUGAUUUCAAUGCGCAUUUAAAAUACUUGAAAGCCGUAAGGAGUUCGUAAAAUCUUUCAGAAAUUUUAGAUUUCAUUCUGACAAAUUGUCGGCGACUGUAAUUGUCCGGGAGAGAUUUUACUGUAUUUUUUUGACUUGCAAAUAAUGACGAUUGUUGGGCGUAGCCUCGCUUAUUUUACAAUUGAUGACCUCACUUUGUCUUUUUUUAAUUCUCACGCUUUUAAUAUCAAUUUGCACUUUCAAAAAUAAUUAUAUAUCUGUAAUUAUUAUAUAUCUUUUAAAUAAUAGAACGCGCAAUUUUCAUUCUAUUAAGCAGUUCAUCACAAUCAGGGGUGGUUUACCCCUCGGUAAGGGUGGAAGGUCAUAAGUUCGCAAAUUUGUAAUCGCACAAUAAUUUGUUAGAAUGAAACAAGACCAGUAUUCGCCCACCCGGAUAUGCCACAAAUCAAGUUUACGGCAAGUUUGAUAAUAAUCCUUCCUCUUUCUCCUCCUAAACAUCAGAUUGAACCGAUACAAAGAAAAUACGUAUCCCCUAUCUUUUGAUUCUCCGAAAACCCUUCCUUGUUGGACGAAACGUUUGGAAAUGACGUGAAAACAGACUCGAGCCACUCGGAACAUUCUCCCUUAAGUAAUUUUGCUGCAGAACGUGGCGGUAAUACUCAGAAUUCAGUAACGCAAGAGUAAAAUGUCUACAACGGAAAAUGUAAAAGAAAAGAAAAAAAAAUAAAAAAAUUGAGAAUUAAAAAUGAAAA